AUGACCACAGACACGAGGUACCGUGAGUACGAAGAUACCGAUUCCGAAUCUGAAGACGACCCAUCCGAGGAGUGCGAGGACGAUCGUUGCACCGGUCCGCAUUUACCCAUAUGGCAUUGCGUCGAUUGCGACACCUCAUAUUGCAGGUGCGCCACUUUUUCUUCUCCAAUCUGUGCAAUCUUUCUUAGCCAACCUUUCUCCUCCAACCCAGAAUCUUUCUCCUCCAAUCCUCACAAUUCAUCCACUGAUGUUGUCCAAGUGACUGCUGGGGUCGGCAAGGCCCUCAUAAGCCCAAGAAAAAGGGCCGAGAUGGCGUGCCUCACGAACAGACAGAUCCUCACAUAGUGCGCCGUCUUAAAGCCACUCUCCACCCCACCAGAAAUCCUCGAGAAAUCCAGAAGCUUCACGAGGAAGAUGGAACCACCAAGUGGUUUGGCGUCGCGAGAGAUCUCUCCGGCCGGCCCAAUUUCGAGGACUAUGGCCGAUACGCCACUCUCAUGGCCAGCAUUUCGCCCAUUGAGAGCAUGGGCAAUAGAUAUCCGCAGCUUGUAUCCUUCAUUGGAGUCACAAAUGCCGGCAAAUCGACCUUGAUCAAACUGCUGGUGAAUCACGAAGCCCAGAACGCUAACACGGAAAAUAUCAACAUGUUUCCUUCACCAAUCGUUGGCAGCGUAGUCAACGACACACUUCCUACAUCUGGCGACGUUCACCUCUACGCAGACCCGGCCACGCACGCAGAGCAGCUUCCAAUCUUGUACGCGGAUUGCGAGGGUUUUGAGGGGGGUGAGCGGGUGCCACUGGGAGCCCGUUCGCGACACAGGAGACAAGCAUCGGACCAAGAUGGCAGGGACCUCUCGACCCCGGGCCAUGUACAUUCUCGACCCAUUGAGUGGGCCAACUCGGAAGAAGCGCGCCAGCGAGAGUACGCCGUCACUAGGCUGUACCCUCGCCUGCUGUACACGUUCUCCGACUGCGUGGUGUUUGUCCUUCGCAACCCCAAGACAUUCCAAUCCGCCGUCUUGACAAAGCUGCUGGAUUGGGGAGCCAGCUCCCUCGAGAAAUCGAUAAAUCAGCCCGCGCUGCCUCACUGUAUCGUUGCGCUGAACGGAUCAGAUCCUGGAGUCGAAGACAAGGAGUGGGACGUCAAUUUUGCAACUCAGAGUCUGCUCACAUCGGUCAAGGGAGCUCUCGACCACGUUGAAGGUGUGCCGCGGUUUAGAGAAUUGGCCGACUACUGGCGAGGUCUCGGAAAACACAUCUAUUCUGUCGAAGAUCUCAUUCUACGAUACUACAGCUCUUUCAAGGUCAUUCGGAUUCCCAGCAAGCCACGUUAUACCACUAUCAACAAUCAAAUCGCCAAACUGCAAGGCAUCAUUCGAGCCAACUGCGAGGAAUCGUUCCGUAGCAAGCGAAGAGCGCGAAUGUUGACAACUGCCGAUGAGCUCAAUGUCUACCUGCAGAGCGGCUUCGACCACUUUACGACGCACCUGGAUGUACCAUACAACUUCAUGCAAAUUUCACUUUUACGGAAUCCCAUCCCAAACGACUUCGGCGGGCACAUUCUCCAGCUAUGCACGACCAUCAGCUCGCAACAGCCAAAUCAUCAGCAUGGACGGAUAUCAUGGAUAUUCGAGAAACUGAGCGUGAUGCUGGCGUCGUGCGUCCUUCUCGAUUGUGCCCGCUUCCGCAAAGGUCGAGUGGACGAGCUCUUCUCAAACUACGAGAAAUUCUUCGACUGGGCCAUGGGCGAGUACCUUGAAAUGCACUACCCGUGCUCAUAUAUCAGCGCAGACGGCACCCGGCAGUGUAUGGUCGUGAAAGCGCGACAUCAAUCGAAAGGACACCAAGAUGAAAAUGGAAUCAUCGCAGCCGGUGACUACCAGGCCGCAUUCGAUUCGACAUUUCUACCGCAGUGGAAGUCUCAACUGCGCUCUGCUAUUGGCAGCAUCCAGCGCGACUUCCAAUAUGAGCUCGAACAGGCUUCCCAGACUGCAGAAGUUCACGCAAUUCCUGAAGAGCGGAUCGCGCUCGAUCUGCAUGGCGAACACCUCAACCAAUUCUUCGAAGCAGUCGGGCCGGCAUCGUCUAUCUGCAGCCAUGCAACGUGCUUCUGCUGUCUGAUGGAUGUUCCGGAGCACCCGCUGCCUUGCGGGCAUGUGCUGUGUACAGCAUGCAUCAAGGCGUUCGGAAAGCAGGUCAAGUCGACCAUCGUGGUCCCUUGCUGUCCAUUGCAUUUUGAAUCGACUAGGUGGGCGAGACCAGCCGUCAUCAAGUUGAAGCCGAGCGGAGCUGGAGUUCGGAUUUUGUCGUUAGACGGCGGCGGCAUUCGAGGUAUUGUACAGCUCGAAGUGUUGCGAGCCAUUGAGCAAACACUCGCAAGCCACCUGCCCGUCCAGUCCUUCUUUGAUCUGAUCGUCGGGACCGGAACCGGUGGACUGGUCGGACUCGCUCUGACCAUGAACGACCGCAGCAUUGAGUCUUGCAUAGACAUGUUCUCAGCGAUCUGUGAGCACGCAUUCACGCCUCGACUGAAGGGCGUCCCGUUGAUCAAUCAGAUCGCGCAAAUGUUCGGCACAGGGCCUAAGUACAAGACGAAGCCCUUGUAUGCUGCACUGAAGGAGGCUUUCUCGGAAGAUGACGACCUUUUUGGUACGAGCGAGAAGCGACGAAACGGCGCACGAGUAGCAAUGACUUCGACGAGUGUCACUGGUCAGGAAACAAUCCUGCUUGCAAGCUACCGUCGACCAGAGGACCUCUUACCGACUUAUUCCUUUGAGCGACCCCACGACCCAGAUAUGGAAAUGAAAACGCACGAAGCGGUCGCUGCGGCGCUUGCAACGCCUUCUUACUUCCGUCCAUUUGUUUACCAUGGCAAGACCUAUCUUGAUGGCGGGUUGCGAAGCCCUAAUCCUGCUCUCAUUGCUGAUAGAGAGCGGAGGCUCAUCUGGCCUGACGUGGGAGAGCCUGACAUGUUCCUAUCACUCGGCACUGGGCAGAACAGAAUCACGGUGUUGCAAAAGCUGUCAGAAAAGCAGCCAGAUCAAGUAGUAGCUGGAGCGACUGUCUCUUCCAGCCCGAGAAAAGCGCCUUCGAAAUGGCGACCGCGGCGUGUUGACGAUGUCCUGGAUGCUGAGCUUGCUUGGGCCUCGUUUCGAAGUACCGCAGUAGGGGAGAAGUCAGAAGCAAGAGGUCGCCGAUUUAUUCGCUUCAACCCAGACCUGGACCGCGAGCCACCUGCCGCUGACAGCAAAUCCGACAUGAUAUCUUUGCAAACCAAUGUGAGAAAACGCCUACAGACUGCGCAUCGACAGGCCGCAUUGCGGAAUGUGGCACACAGACUAGUAGCGUCUUGCUUCUACCUAGAUUUGCAGUCAAAGGCUACCGCGGAGAAGAGCGAGCAGGUGUGCAGCGGUGUGAUCACCUGCAGAUUUGAAGACGGCAGCAAUGAUAUGCGCGCUCUCGGCAGAAUACUGGAAGAUCAGAGAAGGGAGGAGGAGUUUGAACCUUUCUUCCUGGUCAGACCAGAUAAGGAUCACAACGACUUUGCCUUCAAGGUCACAAUCACGAUGGACGUUAUUCGAGGCAUGACCGAUUCCGCCCUCUUUGCCCUCCCAAAUCUUUACAUCCCGCUUCGCAACGAGACAAGGCCCACAUCGAUCAAUCUGUUCCUCUCCCCGCACGACGGAUUGGAGCCGAAUGGAUUCCCCAUCAGCAAUUUCCCACGUGUGCUGCUCGGUGAGCAACAAGUUCGGGAUCCUCGACGCCAACCCAGGAGCAGCUCCGAGCAGACCACCCGCAAAUCGGUCAAUCGGUUCAGAUCUGGAGACGGAGAUUCAAUCUCUCUCAAUGGUGCGCCAAUGGCGUCCAACAAAACCAGCAGCAGCGAUGACGAUUCAUGGAAGGAUGGAAACACGAAGUUUUCAAUUGCUUCUGGCACCACGGCGACUUCGAAUAUGUCGCUCGCGGACCUCAUUGCAUCACACCAAUCCUCCGGCAGCAGCGUCAAAGGAGGGCGCACAAAUCGAUUCUGGACGUAUAUCGGCAACAACCACAUGGCUCAGCAUCCUGAGCUGUACUCCGCAGAAGAGCUUGCGAAGCAUGGAGUCACGUACGACCCCAGCAUGAAGCCACCGGCAGAUCUAGCAGCGAACGAGCCUAUGGACGCAACAGAAAGGGUGACAGCUUCACCUUCGUUACGAUCACGGCACACAUUACCGCGAGACGCGGUAGAAAUGUCUGAGCUCGAAGCAAGAGAAAAGAAACUAGAGGAAAAGCUUUCGAAAGAAGUCGAACACGAGGAAUUCUACGCCCUCGCGCGAGAACACGCACAAUCGCAAAUCAGAAUCUCCCAAUCGUCGAGUCCAAAUAACCACCAUCCAGCACAACUCAGACCAGCGACAUACGCGCCGUCCGGCAAUAGAAAGCAACAGCAAGCACAACAGAAAUCCCAACAGCAACCACCCCAGCGGCGACUCGACAUACCCAGCAUGUGCGAGACCGAAUUCGAAGAGGAAGGAGAUUGGGUUUCCAGCUACAGUGGUUCGGAGGAACAUUGCUCAGAGGCGACGGCUAGCCCUAUGAUUCAGGUACGCUUCCGCAACACCAUCGAUUCCAUCUUAAGUCUGUAUAACGACAAGAACGGUGGUGUAUUGUAUUAAUACUACAUAUUGAACACGUCUGUUAAUACUUUGGUGUGGUUUCCGCAGUCUUCCAAGCCGCCUCCCCUGUUGUAUCAGCAGAAUAACAAGAGUCAGGAACGCUUGCAUGAGAGGGAGAGAUCGCGGACGCCGCCGAGGAGGUACAGUGACUUGGAGAAGGAGAUUGCGGAGAGUUUCCGGCUGGAUGAAAGGUGAGUUACCCUAACAUCUGAAAAGGAGCAAGGACACCACUGGUUGGGGUUUGACCGCUGAAUUUUGGUGAUUUUUUAGUACGACUUCUGCUCUGGAUAAAUGGUUGACAUCGCAGAAGAGUUCUGCUUCGUUGUCGCGGAAGACGGAACGCUUGAAGGCUGUCCAGGAGGAGGCGGAUGAGUGA